AUGUCGAACCAAUUAGCUGGACUCAGAGACAGCUCGAACUUACUGGGCGAAAAGAACAAGCUGCUGGUCGCCAACAGAGGCGAAAUCCCCAUCAGAAUCUUCCGGUCGGCACAUGAGCUGUCUAUGAAGACCGUGGCGAUCUAUUCGCACGAGGACAGACUGUCCAUGCACAGAUUGAAGGCCGAUGAGGCGUACAUGAUCGGUCAGGAGGGUAAGUACACACCUGUGGGUGCGUACUUGGCCAUUGACGAGAUCAUCGAAAUAGCAAAGCAGCACGGUGUGGACUUCAUACACCCGGGGUAUGGGUUUUUGUCAGAAAACUCUGAGUUUGCUGAGAAGGUGGCCGCUGCCGGGAUCACCUGGAUCGGUCCUCCAGCAGAUGUGAUCGAGUCCGUUGGUGACAAGGUUUCGGCCAGAAACCUAGCUGCCAAGGCCGACGUGCCAGUCGUACCGGGUACACCAGGCCCCAUCGACUCCGUUGACGAAGCGCGUGCCUUCGUACAAGAGUAUGGCUAUCCAGUCAUCAUCAAGGCCGCCUACGGUGGUGGUGGUAGAGGUAUGAGAGUGGUGCGUGAAGGUGACGACAUCGCUGAUGCCUUCCAACGUGCCACUUCCGAAGCCAAGACCGCCUUCGGUAAUGGUACUUGUUUCAUCGAGAGAUUCUUGGACAAGCCCAAGCACAUCGAGGUACAAUUGCUUGCCGACAGUUACGGCAAUGUCGUUCAUUUGUUCGAAAGAGACUGUUCCGUGCAAAGAAGACACCAAAAGGUCGUGGAAGUUGCACCUGCCAAGACUUUGCCCAAGGAUGUCCGUGACGCCAUUUUGACUGAUGCCGUAAAGUUGGCCAAGGUCGCUGGAUACAGAAACGCAGGUACUGCCGAAUUUUUAGUCGACAACCAGAACAGACACUACUUCAUCGAAAUCAACCCUAGAAUUCAAGUCGAGCACACAAUUACCGAAGAAAUCACCGGUAUUGAUAUUGUGGCUGCUCAAAUCCAGAUUGCUGCUGGUGCUUCUCUCGAGCAAUUAGGUCUUUUGCAGGACAAGAUCACUACUAGAGGGUUUGCAAUUCAAUGUCGUAUUACCACUGAAGAUCCUGCUAAAAACUUCCAACCUGAUACGGGUCGUAUUGAAGUGUACCGUUCCGCUGGUGGUAACGGUGUGAGAUUGGAUGGUGGUAAUGCCUACGCAGGUGCCGUGAUCUCUCCACAUUACGACUCCAUGUUGGUCAAAUGUUCAUGUUCUGGUUCCACUUAUGAGAUCGUCCGUCGCAAGAUGUUGCGUGCCUUGAUUGAGUUCAGAAUUAGAGGAGUCAAGACAAACAUUCCAUUUUUGUUGACUUUGUUGACCAACCCAGUUUUCAUUAACGGUGACUAUUGGACCACUUUCAUUGAUGACACUCCUAAGCUAUUCGAGAUGGUCUCUUCUCAAAACAGAGCCCAAAAGCUUCUACACUACUUAGCCGACCUGGCCGUCAAUGGAUCAUCCAUCAAGGGUCAAAUGGGAUUGCCAAAGUUGCACACACAGCCAACUAUUCCCGUUUUGCACGACUCUGAAGGUAAUGACAUCGACGUUAGCACACCUCCCCUAGCUGGUUGGAGACAGGUUUUGCUAGAAAAGGGUCCUGCUGCCUUUGCCAAACAAGUCCGUAAGUUCAACGGUACCCUUCUUAUGGACACUACUUGGAGAGAUGCUCAUCAAUCUCUUUUGGCCACUAGAGUCCGUACUUACGAUUUGGCUGCCAUCGCACCAACUACUGCCCACGCUCUUUCUGGAGCUUUCGCUCUUGAAUGUUGGGGUGGUGCUACAUUCGACGUCGCCAUGAGAUUCUUGCACGAGGACCCAUGGGAACGUUUGAGAACAUUGAGAAAGCUUGUUCCAAACAUUCCUUUCCAAAUGUUACUACGUGGUGCUAAUGGUGUCGCGUAUUCUUCUUUGCCAGACAAUGCCAUCGACCACUUUGUUCUACAAGCUAAAGAAAACGGUGUCGACAUUUUCAGAGUGUUUGAUGCUUUGAACGACCUUGAACAAUUGAACGUCGGUGUCAGUGCUGUCAAGAAAGCUGGCGGUGUCGUCGAAGCAACUAUCUGUUACUCGGGUGACAUGUUGCAACCAGGCAAGAAGUACAACUUGGACUAUUAUCUUGAAAUCACCGAUAAGAUCGUCCAGAUGGGAACUCACAUCUUGGGUAUCAAGGAUAUGGCUGGUACCAUGAAACCAUCUGCCGCUAAGCUACUUAUUGGCUCAAUCAGAGCUAAAUACCCUGACCUACCUAUCCACGUUCACACUCACGAUUCUGCUGGUACUGCUGUGGCAUCCAUGGCUGCUUGUGCCUUCGCAGGCGCUGAUGUUGUCGAUGUGGCUACCAACUCCAUGUCCGGUUUGACAUCGCAACCUUCUAUCAAUGCCUUGUUGGCCUCAUUGGAUGGUGAAAUUAACACCGACAUCAAUGUCAACCUGGUCCGGGAAUUGGACGCUUACUGGGCCCAAAUGAGAUUAUUGUACUCUUGUUUCGAAGCCGAUCUAAAGGGUCCAGAUCCAGAGGUUUACGUACACGAAAUCCCAGGUGGUCAAUUGACCAACUUAUUGUUCCAAGCUCAACAGCUUGGUCUUGGUGAACAAUGGACCGAAACAAAGAAAGCUUACAGAGAAGCCAACUAUCUUUUGGGUGAUUUGGUCAAGGUUACCCCUACCUCCAAGGUUGUGGGUGAUUUGGCUCAAUUCAUGGUCACCAACAAGUUGACCCCAGAUGACGUUAGACGUCUGGCCUCUUCGUUGGAUUUCCCAGAUUCCGUCAUGGACUUCUUUGAAGGAUUAAUCGGUCAACCAUAUGGUGGCUUCCCAGAACCUCUCAGAUCAGAUGUUUUGAGAAACAAGAGAAGAAAGUUGACUUGCCGUCCAGGCUUGGAAUUGGCACCUUUCGACUUAGAGAGAAUCAAGGAUGACUUGCAAGACAGAUUUGGAGAUAUUGGUGAAUGUGACGUUGCAUCUUACAACAUGUACCCAAAGGUCUACGAAGACUUCCGCAAGAUCAGAGAGCUAUAUGGUGACCUCUCAGUUCUGCCAACAAAGAACUUUUUGUCUCCUCCAGUGGUCGGUGAAGAAAUUGUUGUCACUAUUGAACAAGGUAAGACUUUGAUUAUCAAGCCUCAAGCCAUCGGUGACUUGAACAAAGAAACUGGUAGAAGAGAAGUUUACUUCGAGUUGAACGGUGAACUGAGAAAGGUUGCUGUUGUCGACAGAUCACAAAAGCUAGAAACCGUCUCCAAACCAAAGGCUGACGCUCAUGAUCCAUUCCAGGUCGGUGCUCCAAUGGCAGGUGUGGUCAUUGAAGUUAAAGUGCACAAGGGAUCUCUAGUAAAGAAGGGUCAACCAGUUGCUGUUUUGAGUGCAAUGAAGAUGGAGAUGGUCAUCUCUUCGCCCUCAGAUGGUCAAGUUAAGGAGGUCAUGGUUAAGGAUGGAGAAAAUGUCGAUGCCUCUGACCUAUUGGUUCUUCUUGAAGACCCAAACCCAACAAAGCAAGAGUCUUAG